AAAGCUUAAAUGGAAGAACAGUUACGCACACUUUCAACAAUAGGUACACUAGAUAAAGUCUUAAAAUCUGUAAAAUGGGAUUCAUCUCAUUUUUUUGAAGAAGCCAUACAUCUAAGAUUUUCCGAUGCUGCGAAAUCAAGUCUUCAAACUCAAACUAUAGAAGCAAACGUUUCAAACGCUACAACACAAACAAAUGUUGGCAAAUUUAACCAAGGAUGCCAGCUCGAUAUAAAAAUGAAUACUACUUCAACACAAACUAUUAAUAUUGAUACGGAUCUUUGGGAAAUUACUUCCACUUUGGAUGAAAAAAUAAAAAAAAUAAAUUAUGAAACUCAACUCAUUUUAGGCCAAGUAAGAGAUAAACUCGAUUCCUAUCUGCUUCAAUUAAAUAACUCAGUAUCAAAUCUUGACCAGCUCAAAAUUACAAAAGAAAAUGAGUUGCAAAAGAUGGAGUUUGUAAAGUUAGCCCUCCUUCUCGGAGUCGAAGAAGAAAAGUGUAGACACAUGUUGCAUAUGGAAGAAGCAAAUGAGUAUUGCAUGAUCAAUUUGCAAAGAUCUGUGAGAAGUGAACAGCUCUGUUUGAGCUAUCUCUUAGAAAAGGAUGUCUUUUGUAUAGAUAACCAAGAAACACAAACUAACAUUCAGAAGUCUUCCUCUGUUUUUGUACAUGAAAGAAAAAAAGUGCCUCAACUAGUUGCACCAAACCCUGAGCUUUACAUGUUGUUGGAUGAAUGCUUUGCAGUGCUUGAUGACCAAUAG